AAGAGGCGCUUAAUAUUCCUUCCACAAAACUCCAUCAAAAAUAAAAAUAAAAAAAAAAGAACUUGUUCUGAAGUGCGAUAAUUUGCGGUGUGGAGGGAUAAAAAACGAGAAAGACAACGGUGAAGGUUGAAACGCUGAAACUCUCAAAGUGUUGAAGAUUGAAGAACAGAGAGAAAGAAAGAGAGGCAGAUCUGAACAUCAAGAUGAUGUCAGGCAAAUACACUACCAUUGAUAACCAGCCAGGAUCUGUUCCUGCGGUUCCAGAUUCAGGCCAUGUCGCUGUUAAGUUCGCCGAUUCAAAUCUCCAGACAUUUCCUCCGUCUAGCGCACAGGGCAAGAUUACCGGUGGUUCCAGGCCUCCUCGUGAUGCCGAUGAUACAUUUUCAAAACCUGGAUCUGGUGGUUCUUCAGAUGAAUCCCAGCAGAGUGGGUGGUUUAAGACGUUUGCACUCUCUACAUACAAACCCUUCUUUGAUGUUGACACUUCAGAUGUUGUAGAGAGGAUUAUUGACUCACUCUUUCCGUUUAGAGGAACUUUUACUGAAAAAACUGCUAGCAACCCUGAUUUGUAUGGACCUUUCUGGAUUUGUACCACCUUAAUAUUUGUAGCGGCAUCUAUGAGCACAUUUGUGACAUAUAUAUCACACAAGCUGAAGCACGAGAAAUGGGAAUAUGACAUUAAUCUUGUGUCCUGGUCUGCUGGUUUGUUUUAUGGUUAUGUUACCAUAGUACCACUUUGUCUAUAUGUAAUUCUCAAGUACUUCUCCGUGCCAGCUGGCAUUGUCCAAUUACUCUGUCUAUAUGGAUAUUCCCUGUUUGUCUUUAUUCCGGCUCUGUGUAUGUCCAUUGUGCCUCUGGAGAUAUUUAGAUGGGUGAUUGCAGCUGUGGCUGGGUUAAUGUCAGCGACAUUUCUGGCGCUUAAUCUCCGGGCACAUAUCGUAUCGGCAGGUGAAAGGUGGUUCUUAAUUGUUGCUGGCAUUUUUCUGUUGCAGCUGGCUUUAGCCGUUGUACUAAAGGUUUACCUCUUCACAGUAUCAGUUUGACAGGAAUCUGGAUAGUGUCAAUGAAAUAUAAUUCACAGAUUAAAAAUCAUGUAUUCAUUCAUUUGUGCAAUAUAAAGGCGAAUAACUUGUGAUUUUCGGAACUACAAGCAUUUGUCUUAGACAUUGCAAGGUGUAAUACACUGCAACUACACAAAUUAUUCGACAGAUAAUAUACCAGCUCAUUUGUAAUUUGUAAA